AUGAAAGAAAAAACGAACUAUUCAUCCUUAACCAAAUUCUUCGCGGUUUCCCUUCUGGUGUGGGUAUGCCAGUAUUCUAAUGAGUCAUCUGCCAUCGAUAAAUCAAGGAUUGAGGAACAUGGCAAAAACAACUCAUUAGCUGCAAGAGCUGGCAGGGUAUUGAGGGAAGAUGAAGAAGUAAUUGCAGAACAGAGAAAUGCCUUCCUUAAAGAAAAAUUGAUAGGCUUAAUAGAAGAUGGGCAAGAAAAUCCUGAUGAUAAUUUCAACUUUGCAAAAAGAUUUAAUGCGUUAAUACAGGAAGAAAACUUCCAAAAAGGAUUAAAUUCAUUGAUGAAGGAUGAAAACAAAUCAAGGCAAACAAACCCCUAUGAAUAUGAUGAUAAUAUUGCAAAAUGGCACAACACAUUCAAUUUUAACGGCAACAAUAAGAAUCCUAAAAAAGAUGUAAAUUUAAUAGAAUUCGAAGAUUUUGGAAAAGUGGAAUAUUUCCAAAAAUUGAACAACAAACCUCAAAAACAGACGAACCCAUUUACUGUUACUAAAAAUUCCACAGGAAAAAGUGGUUCCUCAAAUUUGUACAGCCCCUCUGCAAAACAAGUAAAUACGGUAACUACGCCAACUGUCGACUUUGAAAAGCUUCACAAUUCUAUUAAUGUUAAUAGACAACCUGCGAAGAAAGAAACUAUAACUACUCCUACUGUCGAUUUUGAAAAACUCCACAAUUCUAUUAAUGUUAACAGACAACCUGCAAAAAAACCAACUAUAGUUCCUCCAGUUGACAGUUUGGGAAAACAACAAAAUUCUCAAAAUGUUAACAAACAACCAACAAAAGAGCCAAAGCCCAUUGAUCCUACGGACGACAUCUUCGCAAAACUACAAAAUACACUAAUUCUUAAUAAACCAAUUGGAGAAACAUUAAAUUUAUACAGAGAUAAUGACGACUCGGAUAAAUCAUAUAAUACAUUAAACGAUGACCUUUAUUAUCAGAAUCUAUUUAAUAGUGCAUGUAAAGCUUACAGCUAUGAAUCUGACGAUAUAACGCACGACUCACAGUAUUUUUAUGAAGAACCCAGGAGAUAUCCGAAUUACAAAAAUGAUUACAAUGAUUUAAAUGAAAAUGUAACACCCAAUGCACAUUCUUAUGAGAGGUAUAAGCAUUUACUAGAAGGAAACAAUUUUGAAUCAGAAAAAAGAGUUCUAAAGAAUAAUGUAGAUGAUCAACCAAAAAAUGAUUCAGAAAAACCAUUAAUUAACUCUUCAGAACAUUUUCCCAAAGAAAGUUAUGAAAAAAAUCACAAUGAUAUGGGAAAAGGUCCUUAUACUGCAAGUAGGUUAAGUGCAUUGUCAUAUGUCCAAAAUGUCGAAAAAUUGCUUAAUAAAUUAAAAUAUUUUAAUAAUGUUGAAACAGCAGUUGAAGAAUUAAAAAAUGAUCCUAGCUUUAAAAAAAUACUUGAUGAAUUGCAAAAUGGUAACGGAGUUGAAAGACUAUUUUAUGUGUUGAAAUAUUCUGAAGAUUCUGAAGGAAUACUUUCUGAAUUGAAAAAAAAUGACAACAUUGAAAAACUAGUUUAUGUAUUGAACCAUUACGAAAACAACUCUAAAUCCCCCAAAAAAAAAGAAUCAAAAAAAGAAUCAAAAAAGGUAGCAUCAAAAAAAAAUAACAAGGGAAGGUUCAAAUUAUCAUUAUUUAAGAUAAAAAAGAAAAAACUAGUAGUGUUGAUAGUGAAAUUGUUCAAAAUGUUUGAUCAAAUGUAUGAAAAACAACUGUUAUCUAUAUUCGAUUCCGAGUUAGAUGAAUCUACAGAUAAUAAUAAAUUUAUUCAUAAUCUGAAAUACACUAAAAUUCUAAUACCAUUUGUAUUUGCCGCAAUACUCAUGAUUUUUAUUGCUUUAUUGCAAAAUGUUACCUAUUAUAUUUCAAUAGCUGUAAUAAUUGUUGCAACAAUAGGAUAUACCGCCUUUAAAGUGAAGAAAUGCCGUUAUAAGAAAAAAAUUGAAAAAAAAAACACAGAAAAUGAAAAAAAACCUUCAAAACCAACAAUAAUAAGAACCGACGCUUCGUAA